UUUGCCCUGGAUCUCUCUCUGUGUAUUCUGUACAUACCAAGCCAAGCCUCACAAUGCUGCAUUUACUAAAACAAGUGGCUUAGAAAUUUGCAGUGAUGUCGCUGUUCCCAGAGCUCCCUCUCUGUGGUGGACUCGCUCUGUGAGGCAGUGCAGCACUCAGACGGCUCUGAUGGCAGAGCAGGGCAGGUGGACUGAGCGAGAGGGGAAACCAGCAUCACCUGUUUGGGAAAUCUAGAACAACGGGUGACAAAAAAAAGAAAGAAGGAGGAGCAGAGAGUCUGUGGAGAGCAGAGGUCUCGUUGUGUCUACCCACCCACCCUACUCUCUCUCAUAUGCACACACACAGACACACUCUCCCUUCGCCUCUCCCUACUUCCCUCCCCGUUUGUCUACUCCACUCUCUAAUGCUGGUGUGGUGAACAGCAGGACACUCUCGGCUGAGCUGCAUGGAGGCACAGGGAGGGGCAGGGAGCCCAGAGCCCAAUAAAGACAUCCAGAAGCUGCUGAAGCCCUCCAGCUCAGGUGACCUAUCCAAGGAGUUGUUCCACCACCCAGCAGGGGAGGAGGAGGAGAGCGGCCUGUCGGGGCACACUGCGAGCCUGCUGCACAUCACCGAGAAGAGACAGCCACUGAGUAGUGUGUCUUCUUUGGAGGUGCACUUUGACCUUCUGGAUCUGACUGAGCUGACGGACAUGUCUGACCAGGAACUGGCUGAAGUUUUUGCAGAUUCCGAUGAGGAGAACCACAACGAGUCCCCAGCAGGUUCCCACCAGCCUGUGCUGCCCAGAGGUGGGUACAUGCGCUCCCCCUCGUGGACGCGCUGCAGCAAAGUCGAGCCCCCGCGAGAGAGAAAGCACCACAGCGACUCGGACACCGCAGAGCCCUUAAUGAAGCUGGAGAGGCCAAAACAGCCGUGAUGUGAAACCACAAAGACCACAGCGAGAGAAAAAACCCAGAGCCGGACAGACACAGCCAGAGCGAGAACACAACGCGGACCAAGAGGCCCCCAUCUGUCACUGUGCACUCACAAAAUGUUUCAUGGUGCUGACGAGUUCAGGAUGAGCUCUGGACAAUGUGCUCUGUACUCCCAACUAAAGAUGUUGAGAUGUGCAAUACACAUACUCUCCUCCUCCCUCCCUUUCCCUCCCGUCUCCUACUGGCUCUCUCUCACACACACAUAAACACGCA